AUAGUGUUGUGUCCAGCAUAUUUUCUUGGUAUAUUAAAGCGACCCAUCCACGGUCACGCUGCUAUGAAAAUAAAAGUGAAUUACAAAUUUAGCAGUAGUAAUAUGUUAACCGAACCGCUCCCGCGCUUAAUUAGAGUCGUUUAAGCUUGCAGUCACCGUAGUCCUAUAAAAUUCACUGAGUAGUGAGUGAGACAAAUUCAGAGAGAGAGUGAGAGAAAGAGCAGAGCGCGUGUGUGUCUGUGCCUCUGUGCGUGUGUGUAUGUGUGUGUGUGUGUGGUGCAUCAAGGCUGAUAAAACUAAAUCCAAAACUACAAUUGCAUCUAAAUUUGAAACAAACUCCGAAAGCGUUUUCUAACUGCGCACAAAUCUACACAACAAAAUGGAAGCGGUUGCCAAACACGAUUUCUCGGCGACGGCCGAUGACGAGCUGAGUUUUCGCAAAACUCAGAUCCUGAAGAUAUUAAAUAUGGAAGACGAUUCAAAUUGGUAUCGUGCGGAGCUGGAUGGAAAGGAAGGCCUCAUACCCAGUAAUUACAUAGAAAUGAAGAAUCACGACUGGUACUAUGGACGCAUCACACGCGCCGAUGCCGAGAAGCUACUGUCAAAUAAGCACGAAGGCGCCUUCUUGAUACGCAUCAGCGAAUCCAGUCCCGGCGAUUUCUCCUUAUCAGUCAAAUGCCCCGAUGGCGUUCAGCAUUUCAAGGUUCUGCGCGAUGCCCAAAGCAAAUUCUUCCUCUGGGUGGUCAAGUUCAACUCCCUCAACGAACUGGUCGAAUAUCAUCGGACGGCGAGCGUUUCCCGGUCGCAGGAUGUCAAAUUGCGUGAUAUGAUACCUGAAGAGAUGCUCGUGCAGGCGCUGUACGAUUUUGUGCCACAGGAAUCCGGGGAAUUGGACUUCAGACGCGGCGAUGUCAUCACCGUAACAGAUCGCUCCGAUGAGAACUGGUGGAACGGCGAGAUCGGCAAUAGGAAAGGAAUCUUCCCAGCAACUUAUGUGACGCCAUAUCAUUCAUAAUAAGAUAACUUCUAAGGAGGGACGCCAAACACAACCCUCUCCGGGAAACGCGAAAAACACAACACACAACCAUAACGUUUAGGCAGCAACAUCAGCAAUUGCGAAUAACAACAAGAAGGAACUAAACACAAAUUUUAAAUAUUUAUAUACAAGAAACGUGGACAUAAAUUCUGUAGACAACGUAUACAACACAAGUUUAAGCCUAUAAGCCGAAUGCAUUUUUUACGUUUUGACGUUUUUUGAUAAAACAAUACAUUACGAUACCAUUACGAAAUCGAUUAAUAGCAACUGAGUGACACUUUAAACUAGAUAUGUAAAUAUAUUUGUGUAUGUAUAGCUGCGGCCGAAUAAAAAGCAUUCGAUCGUAGUUUUCCUCUGGCAUCGUUCCAGACAGAGGACAAAACUCACUGCUAGCAUCUUGACCGCAACUAUAGGCAUAUGCAAGUAUGUCUACAUACCAGACGGCACUAUUAUUAUUAUUGUAAACAAGCAGAUUUUUGAUAUAAAUAUAUAAUUUAAGUUCGAUAAAGAGAAUUGAAUUUUUGUCCUGUGUUGAGGAUUGCCCUACCAUGUGCUCUUUAGUUUAUUUUUGAUGUUUUUGAUGUGAACGAGUGCGUUUCGAAGCGAGUGAACACUUAUAUUAUUAUGAUUAUAUGAUAACGAAUUACCAACCAACCUAAUGCUUAACACGUUUUAUAGAAAACAAAACAAAUUCACUAUGAAAAGAAAACUUUUGCCUAAAUGUCUCAAAGCUGAAGACAAUUAAAACAAAAUUUAUAUUAUAUUAUCGUAAAUGCCUACCACAUAAAUUAAAUUAAUUUUUGCAUCGCUGGUUACUAUAUGCAUACAUGCACGCAUCUAUAAAUAAAUAUGUAUCUUCUUAAUGCAAAUUGAACGAUAUUAGGCCUCGGCUGCACAUGCAACUUUUGCGGCGACUGUAAAUUGAUUAUGUGAAAUUUUGUCCCUUCGCUUUAAAGUUUAAAAUUGUCAAUAAUUAUAAUUUUGCAUCGCGUCUUCUGACCACAAACUCUAUGGACGAAAAAUGAAUCUUGAAAACUGGAAGUAGAAACAUUUGUGACAUGUGUAAAAAGUUUCAAACUGCUGCUAUAUCAUAUUGUGCUAUAAAUUAUUACUACUACUAUUUAUAUAAUUGGUUGAGUGUGCUGUGUGUAAUCUUUUUUGUCAUCAGCAAGGGAAUUAGUUGCACGUUCGAGCGUUUUUCAACUACAUAACUAUAUGCAUUAAUAAAUGUAAUGAGAGUUGCCAAUAUAAAGUAAUUUAAACAACAACAAAAUGCUAAAAC